AUGAACGUUGGUGGUCUGUUGGCUUCUGCUGGUGUGAAUAGUGUUAUCUGCCUUGGCGUCUUCUCCUUGUAUUCUGUGUUGAGAAAGCAACCAAGCUUCGUGGCUGUCUACUUUGGGCACAAGAUUGCUGAAUCCAAAUCCAAGCGCCACGAUCCCUUCUGGCUCGGGAGGCUCGUCCCUUCCGCGAGCUGGGUCGUCAAGGCCUGGGACGCAACCGAGGACGAAUUGUACGUCGCCGGGGGCGUCGACGCCGUUGUCUUUCUACGUGCAGUCGUCUUCAGUAUCAAAUUGUGCACCGUGGCAUCUAUCAUAUGCCUGGCGUUUGUUCUUCCUCUUAAUUAUUUUGGGAAGAAAAGGCAGCACAAGCACAUCAGAGAAGAGCUUUUAACUGUUUUCACCAUUGGCAAUGUCCAAAGAGGAUCAGAAUGGCUAGGUUUUCAUUGUCUUGUAUUACAUAUCAUAACUAUAUGCGCAUGUGUCUUUCUUUACUCUGAAUUCAAGUACAUCAUGAAGAUGAGAUUAAACCACAUAAAUUCACCUCUUUACCAUCCUAGUCAGUUUACAGUAGUUGUCCGAGCAAUCCCAUGGAUAGACCAAGAAUCAUAUAGUGAUACUCUAGCCAGAUUCUUCACAGAUUUCUAUGCAUCAAGCUACUUAUCCCAUCAAAUGGUUUAUGAGAGGAGUGCAAUCCAGAAAUUGAUGAGUGAUGCUGAAAGGAUGUACACGAUACUCAGAAACAUCCACAUGGAGAGACGAUAUGUGAAAAGACUAUUGAGAUGCGGGUUUUGUGGAAGCCAUAAUAAUGCUUCACAAGAUUUCAGGGCACUUUCCGACGAAUCUAAUAGUGUUACGAAUGAAGAAACCUUCCUUGACGAUUCAGAUGUAAGAAAAAAGGAGUGUGGAGCAGCACUAGUUUUCUUCACGACUCGUUAUGCUGCGCUGGUUGCAUCGGAGGCUCUUCAAUCGCAGAACCCCAUGGCAUGGGUGACCAAUGCUGCUCCUGAACCACGUGACGUGUUUUGGGCUAAUCUCUGCGUCUCUUACCAAAGCCUUUGGAUUCGAAAGAUUAUAGUUGUAGUUGCCUCCAUUUUUUUCGUCACUUUCUUCCUUUUCCCUGUUGUUUUUACACAGUCUCUUGUCCAUCUUGAUAAACUAACAAAGUUGCUACCAUUCUUGGAGAAGGUUGUAAAAAGGGUAGUUUUGGAACAACUGGUGACCGGAUAUCUGCCUAGUGUUAUACUAACUUUAUUUCUAUGCUUGGUUCCACCGGUGAUGUAUGUGUUCUCGACGUUGGAGGGCGUGAUUUCGCGCAGCGAGAGGAAGAGAAGUGCUUGCAUCAAAGUUCUAUACUUCGUCAUAUGGAAUGUUUUCUUUGCUAACAUCUUGACAGAGGCAGCUAUCGACCAUUACCAAAUCUCAAUCCUCAGGCUAGGAGACUACAAAAACAUACCUACUUUGCUUGCCAAAGCCGUCCCAACCACGGCAACCUUCUUCAUGACAUACUGUCUAACAUCAGGGUGGGCUAGCUUGGCUUGUGAGCUGAUUCAGCCAUUCCCUCUCGUCGCCAACCUGUUCACUAGAUACGUACUUCGAAGCACUGAAGACUCAUCCAUUCCAUAUACAUUUCCUUACCACACAGAAGUUCCGAGAGUUCUCUUGUUUGGUCUGCUCGGUAUCACAUGCUCCACCUUAGCGCCGUUGAUACUGCCAUUCGUGCUUGUCUACUUCAUGCUCGCAUUCCUCGUGUAUCGCAACCAAAUACUUAAUGUGUAUGUGACUGACUACGACACCGGCGGCCAGUAUUGGCCGAUUAUCCACAACACCACUAUCUUCUCCCUCGUCCUGACGCAGGUCAUUGCUCUCGGAGUCUUUGGGAUAAAAGACGCACCAGGGCCUUCCACGUUUACUUUCCCUCUCAUCGUCGUGACUCUUCUUUUUAACCAGUUCUGCAGGCAGAGGUUUCUGCCAGUCUUCUUCAGAACUCCUGCUAAGAGUGUUAUUGAGAUGGACCGUAGAGACGAACAAAGCGGGCAAAUGGCGGAAAUCCAUCAGAGCUUGCUAACAGAUUACACUCAGUACACUUCAGAGAGUGAGAAUAAGAAUAAAGAAAUGAUUAGUAGAACUGAUGCUGAACUUGAUGAAACUGAGAAGGGAGAUAUAUCUCAUGCUUAA